UCCGUCUCCCCAUGCUGCACUCCGGCUCUCCGCUUCCACGGGAGCCUCAACUCGCACCUCUCCAACAAAGAGAGUAGUGUUUGUGGAGACUUCCCCGCAGCCAAUCGCCGCGCCGUUGCCCGUGGCAACCACGUCCAUCAUCCUCUGGCGUCCAAUGAGCGGCGGGGGCGGGGCGGAGUCCAGGUGCGCCUCGGCGUCCACUUGGCAGAGCGCCUGGGAGCCGCCUGUGGGCAGGAGAGGAUCUGUCAAAUGCGAGGUUCCUUUAAUAAGAGCGACCAGUCCGGCUCCGAGAGUCAUGGCGACCGCAGCGUCUAACCACUACAACAUCCUCACCUCCAGCGCAUCCAUCGUGCACUCGGAGCCCGGCAGCAUGCAGCAAGCCACGGCGUACCGGGACGCGCAGAGCCUGUUGCAGAGCGACUACCCGCUGCAGAGCAACAGCCACACGCUCAGCCACGCACACCAGUGGAUCACGGCGCUGUCCCACGGAGAGGGCGCCCCGUGGUCCACCAGCCCGCUCGGCGCGGAGCAGGACAUCAAACCCGCGGUGCAGGGCGCCCGGGACGAGAUGCACAACUCCAGCAGCAACCUGCAGCACCAGUCGCGGCCACCCCACCUGGUGCACCAGACGCACGGGAACCACCACGACGCCCGGGCGUGGAGAACCACCACCGCGGCGCACAUACCGAGCAUGGCGACGACGAACGGCCAAAGCCUUAUUUACUCCCAGCCGGGCUUCAGCGUCAACGGGCUGAUCCCGGGCAGCGGGCAGGGGAUGCACCACCACAACCUAAGAGACAGUCAUGAGGACCACCACAGCCCGCACCUCAGCGACCACGGCCACCCUCCGUCCCAGCACCAGCACCAGCACCGACCGCACAGCCACCACGACCACUCGGACGAGGAUACGCCGACCUCGGACGACCUGGAGCAGUUCGCCAAGCAGUUCAAACAGCGGAGGAUCAAGCUGGGCUUCACGCAGGCGGACGUGGGACUCGCCCUGGGGACCCUGUACGGAAAUGUGUUUUCCCAAACCACCAUAUGCAGGUUUGAGGCCCUGCAGCUCAGCUUCAAAAACAUGUGCAAGCUGAAGCCUCUGUUGAACAAGUGGUUGGAGGAGGCGGACUCCACCUCGGGCAGCCCGACCAGCCUGGACAAAAUCGCGGCGCAGGGGAGGAAAAGGAAAAAACGGACUUCAAUCGAGGUAAGCGUAAAGGGAGCUUUGGAGAGCCAUUUUUUGAAGUGCCCUAAACCGGCAGCGUCGGAAAUAAUCGGCCUGGCGGACAGUCUGCACCUGGAGAAAGAAGUGGUGAGGGUUUGGUUUUGUAACAGGAGACAGAAGGAGAAACGCAUGACCCCUCCCGGAGCUCUGCCGGGGAGCGAGGAUGUGUACGGGGACACGCCGCCGCACCACGGGGUCCAGACCCCGGUCCAAUGAACUCUGUCGGACCGCUCCUCCAGGACACGUUUAUCCUUUUUAUUUAUCCCCAAGGUUAUAUAUAAAUCACUGGACUAUGAGACGCUAUAGUGGGUGUUUUAUGUAUAAUAGAUUGCAGCCAGUACUCACACUAUCUGCAGUGAAUAUGUGAGAAAUGAGUGAGGGGAGGACAGGACAUAUUUUAUUUUUUCCUCUCCCUCUCCCAGAGCUAAAGGAACAUAAGCCUGUGUUGUGCUCUCCGAGGAUACAUGCCCAGCACUGUGACUCCAGUCGACGCAGUUUUCAAGGUGUAGCCCCCAUUGUGUAUUGAAAUUAUACUUGACGGUAACAAAAGAGGGAGGGGAGGAGGGAUACCUGGUUUCGGACGAGAGCGCAGAGCUGAGCGGGUUCCCGUUCGCCACUUUUCUUUCUUUCUUCUUCAUUUUUUUUUUUUUUAAUAACAAACCCGCAAAAACACAUUUUAAUUCUUCUCUGUGCGUAAAAAAAAAGGUGGGAAACCCAAAUGCAAAGGCGUUUAGUUUUGUAGCUCUAAAUUGUGCGUCCAGCGGUGAUGGGUGGGCGGGUGGUGCAGUAUGGGGGUCACAGGAGCUGCGUUAAUGGAGUAAAAAAAAAAAAAGAAAGAAAGAAAGAAAACUGGAGGCCAGUAAAGGCUGCAGCCCCCCCCAGUCCAGCGGAGCCCAGCUGAGGGUGAGCAUCGCCUGAAUCCCAUCUGUCAGCCAGGCAGCACAGAGCCGCUCCGCAUCCACAACACUGCUGGGAAACUACAGGCCAUGCAGCGCUUAUUUAUUCUACCUGUGAGGUCAGGAUUUAGUUAUCAACACAGAUUAUUAUUAUUAUUAUUAUUAUUAUUAUUAUUAUUAUUAUUAUUAUUAUUAUUAUUAUUAUUAUUAUUGUGCAUCUCACUGGCUAAACUCUUCAGUAUGUGCAGUGAUGUGGUAAAUAAAUUUAAAUCAAGGUGUAUGACCUCAUCACAUCAGAAGUCAAACUGCGGUACAAAACAAACAAAAAAAAAUUCCACCUUUUUUUUUUCCCCCACGACCACCAACUCCACCAACUCCACCACCUCCACCACGAGGCAAGCCGUUUAAAAGAAUAUCUCUCCCCCCCUCAGAGAGUCUCCCAGCUGCAGGAAGGGCUCCGUGGCGACUGAUUGGAUUAUCUGGCACUUUUUUUUUCCACGACAGGAUGGGCUAUAGAUAUAAAGAUAUCUACGAAAAUAUAUGUCACCAACUUUCUCACAGAACAUUUGGAUCCACUUUUGUAAAUAUUGUAUAACUUAAAAAAAAAAAAAAAAAGAAAAAAAGUCAUGGUUUCAUCUCUUUUUAUUUUUAUUUUCUUCACUGGGGCACUUUUUUUUGGACUGUUGUUUUCAGAAACAAAACAGGUUGAGGUUUUUUUUGUUUUUUUUUUAAUCCAGUCUCACUCAUAGCCUACCUACUGCCUUGUAAUUGUGUGUUAUUUAACGUUUCAUUUUGUUGCGGAAAUUACGCCCGUUUGGGGUUUAACAUCUUUCUGUGGCAUUUUAUUUUAUUUUUUAUUAUCAUUAAUGUGAAAUCAACUUCAAUUUGUCUUUUUUUUUUAAAAAAAAAACACAACAACAACAACAACAAAUGUCUAAGGAGUUCUGUUUCUUCCGCUCUGAAACUACGCUAGACUUCUGUUUCCAAUCAAAACACAGUGCUUUAAGGACUGAAUUCAGAUCAGGCUGAUCGAUAACAGUAUUGUAGAGAAAUAUCCACGAUGACUCAGAGCCAGAGAGGAGAACUAAACAAGUGAGAUAACCAUCAUCAUCAGUUAAAAAAGUAUGAUAAUAAUAAUAAUAAUAAUAGUAACAAUAAUAGUAAUAAUAAGGCCUUUGGUUUUCUUCCCAAAACACCUUUUAGUGACGUUCCAAAAACUGCAGCAUAUGAUCAAAAUUAUUAUUAAUAUUAAUAUUAUUCUUAUUAUUCACCAGGUGUUAUUAUAAUUUGUGAGGUCGUUGCCAUGCAUUUCAUUUCAGCCAUUUUGUUCAUCUUCUCUGUGUUGCUUUAUUACAAUGAUGGGGGGGAAAUUGCUCGUAGACAUUUUAUUUUAUUUUUUAGUAUUGUUAAUGAGAUUGUAAUUUAUUAUACAAUGGCUUUUUAUAGAUGACACAAAGUGCGAGAUAUAUAUAAAACAUGACACCGAGGAGGCUUUUGUUUUGUAGGGAACAAACAGAGACUUAUUUUGAAUUUCUUUUUUUUCUUUUUUCUUUUCUUUUUUUUUUUUUUUUCUUUUUGCAGCGGGAUUGCCACAGCCUGGACCGUCACAGCUUAAAUAUAUAUACAUCUUUUUCUCCGUACAGUAGCUCGCCUUUUUCGUUUUUAUGCAAACACAGAUAUCCAGGGACUUGUUUUUUUAAUUUUAUUUUCUCGAAUCAGAUUUAUUAUUAUUAUUAUUAUUAUUAUUAUUAUUAUUAUUAUUAUUAUUAUUAUUAUUAUUAUUAUUAUUAUUUUCUCCCUUCCUGAUUCUCUCGCAGAAAACAAUAGGCAGAAAAACGAUGCUGGCAUUUGAAAUCUUUCCUCAGUAGCUUUAAUGAAUCGAUCCAACUCAUAAAUCCAAGUUGUGGGAUGUAGACCUGUAGCAAUCCGACGCUGUUUUUCUUGUUGUUUUUGUUUCAUUGCUUGUUAAACCAGUGUUUUUUUGGGGAGGGGGGUUUGGUGGGGGCGGUGUGGGAUAUAGGCUCUGUCAUAUUCACUGGAUGAACCUGGGGUAGAUAAAGCAGAGGUGAUAAAUGCCUGUAGGUGUUUUUCAUCACUUGACACAUGAACAACGGACUUGCACAUUUUUAAAUAAUGGGGUUGAUAUUAAACAGCUUUUUUCCAA